AUGGCCGACGGCGUGGGGGUGUCCACGGCGGAGGCAGGGCGCGACGCGGCGGCGGUCGGUGACGGGGCGAGGGAUGAGGAGCCAUUGGUGUCCACCGGGACGGAGGAGCCGCCGUCACCGCCGGAGUAUGGGGUGCCCGCGGAAGUCGAGGAAGAGGGGAAGGGGGCGGCGUCACCAUUGGAGGGGUCACCGGCGGUGAUCGCCGUGGAAAAGAAGGAGGAGUCCCGCGGCGAAGACAAGGAAGAGGCGGAGGUGGCGGAGGAGGAGGAGGAGGAGGAUGAAGGGGUGAAGUGGUUGGGGCUUUACUCCUCUGCGCAGACCAUUCUCGUCGUCGGCGACGGAGACUUCUCCUUCUCGCUGGCGCUGGUCACCGCGUUCGGCUCCGGUGCCAACCUCGUCGCGACGUCGCUCGACACCUAUGAGAUUCUAAAGCGUAAGUACAGCCAAGCAGAGUCAAAUAUAAUGGAGCUGAAAAGAUUGGGCGCCACGGUUUUGCAUGGUGUCGAUGCGAACAAAAUGAAGUUUCACACUGACUUGAAGAAUAGACGAUUUGAUCGUAUUGUCUUUAAUUUUCCUCAUGGUGGCUUCAAAGGAAAAGAGGACGACUUGCAUAUGAUCAACUUGCACAAGAAGUUGGUGUGGGGUUUUUUCAGCAAUGCACGCCACCUUGUUCGGCCACUUGGUGAAGUUCACGUUACCCACAAGACUGGGGAACCGUACGACAGUUGGGAUCUUAAGCACCUGGCCUCUGAUUCUUCUCUUGCUAUGGUUGACAAAGUUCCUUUUCGAAAGCAAGACUAUCCAGGUUAUAACCAAAAGAGAGGAGACAGUAAGAGGUCUGACGAACCUUUUGAUCUUGGUGCAUGUUGCACAUUCAGAUUUCAAAUCGGGAACUUGAAGGAGCUGAAGCAAAUGAAUAUGAAGAGGUCUGGUUUAAUCCCAAACAUUGGAGGCAGCAACGUUCGUCCAGGCCUGGUAACUAACAGGGGGCCAUUUCAUCCGGAUUCACCUGUUGAAGCAUGGCCUUGGCAUCAUUUUCCUUCGCCAGCUCACACAGGCCGCAUGCUGAUGCCUCCGCAGCCGUACAUAGUUGAUCAAUGGCAACAACCAGGUUUUCCACUGAACUCUGAUGGCAUGGCGUCUGGACCUUAUUUGCAUAAACAGGAGAGUUGUCAUCCAAUGGUGAGCAUGCCAGGUCCGUGGCUGAAUGAUUUGCCCGCUCAAGGUGGCAUUCCUCCAUCUCCACCAGUUCAUCCAUCUCUACCAAUGGGCAUUCCUCCACCUCUACCAAUGGGCAGAAUCCCAUUUCCUGAUCUCCUUGCACCUCAGGAGCAGCCUUGGUAUCAGCAGAGAACUAUUCCUGAUCAGCUAGGAGGCGAUGACUACUUUUUUGCCCGGGAACACCAAAUGAGUCUGCAGAGGGAGUAUGAAAUACAGAGGCAAGUCAUUCCCGCAGCAACCGGCUUGACACAUAACGCCUUCUUGGAACAUCGCCACAGGGACAGGGAGUCUGCUGAGGAGCUAGAGUGGCUCCACUGGAUGAUUGCAUUGUAUGGUAGGAAGUGAAGGAUCUUUGGGAGGUGCCAGUAUGAAGAAGCUGGGCCUACCAGUUCCAGGCUUGUACAGGUAAAGGUCAUUUUGUGUGGCAUAUACUGGUACGGCAGUGCAAUGAGUUGCUAUCUUGCCGUUAAUAAAGUCUGUACACUGUACUCCUAGGCAGUUAAGCAAACCUGUUUUUGAAGUGGAGCUGUCCGAAGAGAAUUCCUGAUUAGUUGCUCA